CUAAUCUACCGGGAAAUGUGCUGCCUACAGCCUACUUGUGACCUAUGCCACUGUUUGCCGACAUCGCUCCUUACUGCUCCUUGCCAGUGACAUCUUGAAUUAAUUUCCACCUCAGCUACAAAGGAAGCAGCUAUGCGGCUUUCUUCUUCUCUUCAAGAUCUGCCGACCUUCUCCAGAAUUGAUGCUUUAGAGAGGGGCUCUAGCAUCGGUGGCGAUCUGAGCUCAGGGCGUGCGAAACCUCCUGUCCGCACACUUCAGAGGGAAGGUCCUGUAGCAAGCUUUUCAAAAGAGAGAACACCCCCGUCGUCGCCAACAAAUCGGAAGAAAUGCAUGAGAACAGUUGGCUGCGCUAUUGCCCUGUUCUUGUUGGUGUGCGCCAUAUAUGCUUCUUUGAGAUAUUUCCAUGUCUUCCUCUCGGAAGGUAGCUCUGAAUACUAUGUGAUUCUUGACUGUGGCAGCACUGGUACAAGAGUGUAUGUUUACGAGUGGUCCAUUAAUCAUAAUGAUGGGAACACGCUUCCUAUCGCUUUGAAACCUUUAGGGACUGCUCCUAAGAAAAAAUUGGGUAAAUUGACUGGGCGCGCCUAUCAAAGGAUGGAAACGGAGCCUGGAUUGAGCAAGCUUGUCCACAAUGAAGCUGGAAUGAAGAAGGCAAUAGAGCCCCUCCUUCAGAUGGCUGAGCAGCAGAUCCCUAGACGUGCACACAAGCACACACCUGUUUUUCUGUAUGCCACAGCUGGUGUCCGCAAGCUACCAAGUGCAGAUUCAGAGUGGCUUCUGGAUAAUGCGUGGGAUGUUCUGAAGAACUCAUCGUUUUCUUGUAGUAGAGACAGAGUUAAGAUCAUCAGUGGCAUGGAUGAAGCUUAUUAUGGAUGGAUAGCUCUUAACCACCACUUGAACGUGCUUGGCACCUCAUCUUCUGAAAUGACUUAUGGUUCACUUGAUUUAGGCGGAUCAUCAUUACAGGUGACAUUUGAGACUGAGAAGACCGUUCAGGAUGACACAAGCAUUCAUCUGAGGAUUGGUUCUGUCAAUCAUCAACUUAGUGCUUAUUCUCUUUCCGGAUAUGGAUUAAAUGAUGCAUUUGACAAAUCUGUGGCACAUCUGGUGAAGAUGGUGGGAGGAACAGCUGGUAAUGGCAAAGUGCAGGUCAAACAUCCUUGUCUACAAACUGGAUACAAGGAAGAUUAUGUCUGCUCCUACUGCCACCCACUUACACAAGAUGGGAGUCCCAGUGUAUCAGGGAAGACGACAGGAAAAGAGAAGCAGGGAACAGCAGUUGAACUGGUCGGGGCGCCUCAGUGGGACGAAUGUAGUGCUCUUGCAAAAGUAACAGUGAAUCUUUCAGAGUGGUCCAACACAAGUUCUGUAGUUGAUUGUAACAUUCAACCUUGUGCUCUUGCUAGUACCCUCCCCCAACCACAUGGGCAGUUUUACGCCAUGUCUGGUUUCUAUGUGGUUUUCAAGUUUUUCAAUUUGACUCCUGAUGCUACUCUCGUUGAUGUUCUAAAAAGAGGGCAGGAAUAUUGUGAAAAACCAUGGGAUGUUGCAAAGAGUAGCGUUCCACCACAGCCUUUUAUAGAACAGUAUUGCUUCAGGGCUCCUUAUAUUACAUCACUCCUGAGAGAGGGACUGCAGAUCAAAGAUAACCAGGUGAUAAUUGGCUCAGGUAGUAUCACUUGGACUCUUGGCGUUGCUUUGCUAGAGGCUGGACAGGCAGUGUCUACACGGAUGGAUAUUCAAGGAUACAUGAUACUACAUCGGGAGAUAAACCCAAAUAUUAUUAUAGUAUUGUUUGUAAUUUCAGCCGUGCUGGUCAUAUGCGCCAUAUUGUGCGUUAGCAAUUCGUUCCCAAGAUCGUUCCGCAAAUCCUAUUUGCCACUUUUUAGGCCGAGCAAUGGAGGUAGUUCUGCACUUGGUAUGGGGUCACCUUUCAGAUUUCAUUUAUGGAGACACAUUAAUUCAGGCGAUGGAAGAACAAAGACACCAUUGAGCCCUACUGUGGCUGGGUCAGAACCCCAUCCAUUCAGCAUGAGUCAUGGACUAGGAGGCAGCAGUGUCCAGCUUAUGGAGUCUUCCAGGCAAUCGUUGGGUUCAUAUCAUAGCUAUUCAGUUGGGAGCUUAGGCCAGAUGCAGUUUUCUAGUGGAUCACGGAACCCUGGCAGAGGUCAGACAACACUUCAAAGCCGGAGAUCCCAGUCAAGAGAAGAUCUCACUUCUUCAUUAGCUGAUCUUGUUCAAAAGGUGUAGCAUUACACUUGAGGAUGACAUGACUAGUAUGUGAUCCCAUGCCACAACCAGCUUUGUGUAAAUAAUAGCUGAGACUGCUUGAUUUCUUCUCUAGCCAGAAGUCAAUUUUGUCGGUAUACUGACAAUUCAAAGGUUUAGGAUUCACAGCAUUUAAAGUAUAUGAUGUCUCCUGGAUAUGACACAUCCAUCCCUUACAAAUGUAUUUGUGCAAUAGAAACAUGCCAUAAAGAUGACCUUGCAAGCUGUUUGAGUGUUGCGCCAGAAGAAAUGUUGCAUGGUCCACCGAAGUGAUUGGCAAUGGCCUGCAGGUGUAUGAUCAGCUUGUAGCCCCAAAUAUCAUCAAUGUUUUCAGAUCCCUGCAACAAGGUAUCAUUGUAUACUCUUCAAAGGCUCUUAACUAUAUUUUGUUUUACGACAUAAUAAAGAUAUACAUGUGCCUUGUGUGUCGUUGAUGUAAUUUUUAUGAAAUGGAGGCAAAUUCUCUAUGCAGUGGCCUUGUGCCGUCUC